AUGGCCGAAGAAUCGCAGGACAAGGCCCAAACUUUUCAUAUUGAAGAGGGCAAAUCCCCAGUGUUGUACGAUGAGACGUUCGAUGAUCCUGACAACCCGUUGAACUGGCCGUACUGGCUGAAAAUCUACAUUGCCCUCCUCAUGGCACUUUUGGGAUUUCUGGCGCAGUUCUGCUCCUCUCUCAUCAACCCAGGGUAUGUCACGAUGUCCAAGGAUCUGGGCAUCACCAUCGAGCAGAGUUCCUACUGCACGACCGUCUUCAUCGUCUUCAGUGGGAUCGCGCCCAUGUUCGUGGUCCCCUAUGGCAAUGUCUAUGGGCGGCGAAUCCUCUUCGUGGUCUUCUCAUUUAUCAGCACGCUCGGGGCUAUCGUGACUGCCGCUGCCCCCACAUAUGGUGGGGUGAUCGUCGGGCGUAUCAUCAAUGGCAUUGGGCAGGGUAUUCCACUGGGAGUCGGGGUAGUGACGAUCUGUGAUUUGUUUCGUCAGCAUGAGCGAGGCCUCUGGGUCGGCCUGUAUACUAUCGGCGUCACCAACGGUCCGCACGUUGCUCCCAUCGCCGGCGGAUACAUCACGCAGCGGCUGGGCUGGCGCUGGUGCUUCUGGGUGCCGGCCAUCUUCCAAGGAAUCGUCUGUCUGAUUCUGCUGCUCACGCUACCUGAGACAUUAUACCUGCGCGGUGACUCGAACCGCUUGCGCCACCGGCCGUACUGGGGCCGGCUGUUUUUCUUCGGCAAGGUGAUCGACCGACCCAUUGAGGCAGAACAGUUCUGGAGGCCUUUCAAGUUGAUCCGCCACGCGACCGUCGCCCUGCCGGCGCUGUACUUCUGCACCUGCAACACUUUCGGGAGCACGCUCUUCGCCGUGACCGGGGCCAACAUCGGGGCCAAGAUCUUCGGGUUCGAUACGGAACAGACUGGUUUGUUCAUGGGCGUGCCCCUGUCGGUCGGGUGCAUGAUUGGUGAAGCUUCGGCGGGCUGGGUGAGUGACAGGCUGUUGGCGCUGUACGCCCGACGCCACGGGGGCAACCAAAAGCCAGAGGCGCGUCUGUUCCUGAUGCCCCUGUGCACGACGCUCUGUGUCGGGACUGCGACGUACGGGCUCUGUAUCCAGAACCGCUACCCGUGGAUCCAGGCGUCGGUCUGCAUGGCCAUCUCCGGCUUUGGGCUGCAGAUAGCCACAACCAUGGUAUACACGUACUGCACGGACAGCUAUCGGUCCCGGGCCAGCGAAGUGGGUGCUGUCCUGAACUUCUUCAAGUGCGUCUUCGCCUUCAAUGUCGGUUUCUAUGCACUCCCCUUUGCGGGUAAAGUUGGCUACACAACGGCUUUUUCAGUUCUGGCCUCUAUCAACGGCGCCUGUCUCUUUCCUCUCCUGAUAUUGUUCUUUGUGGGCGAGAGAAUCCGCAUCCAGUCAUCAGAUAUCGACUAUUAG